AUGGAGCAUUCAGGUGAGAUCAAUGGUUCCAUUCCACAAGAAAUUGGGAGGUUGAGUUCAGUUUCCUACAUCUUUUUCUCUUAUAACCAUCUACGUGGUUCUAUUCCUGGAGAGGUUUGGAACCUUUCCAAGCUCACUGGGCUUGACAAUUUCUCCGGAAGUAUUCCAUCUAAAAUCGGAAGGUUGAGUUCACUUUCUCUACUUCUCCUUGUAGCAAACAAUCUCACCGGUCCAACACCUAUUUCUAUUGGAAGCUUGUAUAAUUUGUCCCAACUUCUCCUAGUUGACAAUAGUCUCAAUGGUGCCAUACCUAGAGAAGUUAGAAUGAUGAAGUCACUCAAUAUGCUUGAUCUUUCAAUAAACCAAAUAACUGGUCCUAUCCCAACAUCUCUGGGAAACCUAAGUAAAUUGGUAUGGCUUUAUCUGUAUGGAAAUAACCUUUCUGGUUCUAUCCCCAGUGAAAUAAGACAGCUUGGAUCUCUUAUCACAAUGCAGUUGUAA